AUGUCAGAUGGACUGGGAGAGGAAUUUCGAUGCUACGAGGAAGUGGCGGGAGAUAUACGCAAGAAGAUACAAGAAGCAGGAAGGGGAAGGAUACCCGUUUGUGUUCAAGGCCGAUUGUUGUACGAGUGGGAGCAAGACUUAACAGACGUUCAUCUCUUCCUUCUUCCUCCACCACAAACAAAAGCAAAGAGCAUCAGUGUAAAAAUUACUCCAACUAGACUUUCGGUCGGGCUUUUGGGGAAACCUGCGCUUUUUGACGAAGACCUAUUCUCCACCGUUGAUACUUCUGCUUCCUUUUGGAUGUUGGAAGAUGGGGAGCUGCAUAUACAGCUAGGGAAAAUGCGCAAAGGUGAAAUCUGGAAAUCCGCGAUGAGGGGUCAUGGCGUUCUUAACCCCCUGGCGACUGAGGAGGUUCAGAAGAAAUUAAUGCUUGAAAGGUUUGGUGAAGAACAUCCAGGCUUUGAUUUCUCAAACGCGACCUUCUCUGGCGCUGCACCAGACCCAAGGAGCUUCAUGGGGGGAAUUUCUUACAAAUAA